AUGUAUGGAAAACAAAUGAGCCCCCAGUUGUCGAUUGACAUCAACAACGAGCUAGCCUCUUUGUCACCUACACCAUUUGAGCCUUACAUCUUCAGAGUGGAUGGCCUGCUACGUAGGGAAAAUGAGCUAGCCUAUGAACCAGAAAUACUUGCAAUCGGUCCUUAUCAUCACGGUAAAGCUAACUUGGAAAUGAUGGAAAAUCAUAAACUAAGAUACCUACAAAUGUAUCUUGCGCGAACAAAUGAAUCAAGUGUGGAUAGAUAUGUCAAUGCCAUGCAAGAUUUGGAAGAAAAGACACGAAAAUGUUAUGUAGAGUCCAUUGAACUUGAGAAGGAUGCGUUUGUGCGAAUGACGCUACUUGAUGGAUGUUUUAUCAUUGAGUUUUUUUACAAGUUAGCAUAUGAAGAGGUUAUAGACGACCCUAUUUUCAAAUUGCAAAGGUUCACGAAUACAAUUUUUCGAGACCUAUUGUUAUUUGAAAAUCAACUCCCAUUUUUUGUUCUCGAGCGCUUACUUGGAAGUGAUUUAUUAGAUAUCAAUGAUCUCAUUUCUCAGAUACCCUUCCUCUUCUCCCAUCUUUUUUCCCAAAGUUCAACUUAUUCAGACGCAUCCGAUGUUCCAAGGGAGAAUGUCAAACAUCUACUAGGCCUUGUACAUGAUACUUGGUGUUCCUCAUUUAAAAUGACCGUCUCUUCCCGUCGGGUCGCUGAAGACCAAGAAAGAACAUGGGAAUACAUAAAAUGCAGCACACAACUUCGAGAGGUUGGGGUUAAAUUCAAAAAGGCCACAGAAACCUCCUCGUUGCUGGAUAUAGAGUUCGAAAAUGGAAUCAUGAAAAUUCCACCUUUGAGUAUUUAUGAUAGUACUGAGGUCAUCUUUAGAAAUUUGGUUGCAUUUGAGCAAUAUAAUGACAUAAAUGAACCAGCUUAUGUGACUGAUUACAGGAAGUUUUUAGAUUGUCUCAUCAACUCCCCAACGGAUGUCGAAAUACUACGUCACUGUGGAAUCAUUGACAAUUGGCUAGGUGAUGAUGAAGCCGUUUCGAGCAUGUUGAACAGAUUGGGGAAUAAUGUCAUCCUAGAUUCUACAUCAUUCUGA